CCUCCUCCUUCCCUCCCUCCCCCCCUCCGUCACCGGCGGCCCCGCCCCGCCCGCAGCGCGCGCGGCCGCGCCGCCAGCCGCCAAGAUGGCGUCGGCGCUGGAGCAGUUCGUCAACAGCGUGAGGCAGCUCUCGGCCCAAGGGCAAAUGACCCAGCUUUGUGAACUGAUCAAUAAAAGUGGAGAACUGCUAGCAAAAAACCUCUCCCACCUGGAUACCGUGCUUGGUGCCCUGGAUGUGCAGGAACACUCGCUAGGAGUUCUUGCUGUCUUGUUUGUGAAGUUUUCUAUGCCCAGCAUCCCUGACUUCGAAACGUUAUUCUCACAGGUGCAGCUUUUUAUCAGCACUUGCAAUGGGGAACACAUUAGAUAUGCAACAGACACUUUUGCUGGCCUGUGCCACCAGUUAACAAAUGCCCUUGUGGAGAGAAAACAGCCCCUGCGAGGAAUUAGCAUUCUCAGACAAGCCAUAGACAAGAUGCAGAUGAACACAAACCAGCUGACCUCAAUACAUGCAGAUCUCUGCCAGCUCUGUUUGUUAGCAAAAUGCUUUAAACCUGCCCUCCCGUAUCUAGAUGUGGACAUGAUGGAUAUUUGUAAAGAGAAUGGGGCAUAUGAUGCAAAGCACUUUUUAUGUUACUACUACUAUGGUGGGAUGAUAUACACUGGGCUAAAGAACUUUGAAAGAGCACUCUACUUUUAUGAACAGGCAAUAACUACUCCAGCCAUGGCAGUCAGUCAUAUUAUGUUGGAAUCAUAUAAAAAGUAUAUUCUAGUUUCUUUGAUACUACUUGGCAAAGUUCAACAGCUACCAAAAUAUACUUCCCAAAUAGUUGGUAGAUUCAUUAAGCCCCUUAGCAAUGCUUAUCAUGAAUUAGCGCAAGUUUAUUCAACCAAUAAACCCUCGGAGCUUCGAAAUCUGGUGAACAAACACAGCGAAACAUUCACAAGGGAUAACAAUAUGGGGCUGGUUAAGCAAUGCUUGUCAUCUCUCUACAAAAAGAACAUUCAGAGGCUAACCAAGACAUUUUUAACAUUGUCAUUACAAGACAUGGCAAGUCGAGUGCAGUUGUCGGGGCCCCAAGAAGCAGAAAAAUACGUCCUCCACAUGAUAGAAGAUGGUGAAAUCUUUGCAAGUAUUAAUCAGAAAGAUGGUAUGGUCUGUUUCCAUGAUAAUCCUGAAAAAUAUAACAAUCCAGCUAUGCUUCAUAACAUUGAUCAGGAGAUGCUGAAAUGUAUAGAGCUUGAUGAACGACUGAAAGCCAUGGAUCAAGAGAUCACUGUGAACCCUCAGUUUGUGCAGAAGAGUAUGGGCUCUCAAGAAGAUGACUCAGGGACCAAACCAUCCAGUUAUUCCUGAAAUUAAUGUUGCUCACCACUCCGCUUUCAAGUAAAAGCUUAAGAGAAUCACGCCUGGAAUAGGGCAUUGAGGAGUUCCAUGAAGAGAGCAGAGAGAACUGAGCUUGCUUUUCACCUGGACAUUGAGAAAAUAAAAGAACACCCUUUCAGUACUGUACAAUUUCAGAAAUAUUCUCUGCAAAGAAAAAGGAAAUCUCAAAAGAAACUUAAAAGUCUGUUGUGGAUUUAUUUAUCUUCAGAUUAACAUCGUUAAUGCAUUAAAUAAUCUACCUUUUGUUUUAAAGGGUUUGAAUGUUGCAGUGUUUCUGUAGCAGUUCUUUUUCCUCCUCUGCAGAAAAAAAAAAGUGUUAUUCAGGGAAGAAUACAAACUAGCAUUGGUUCGCUUACAGGAUAAUUACUGGUUCAUUCUGUAUUUAAGGUUGGCUCAAAGUGCAGAUUUAUCAUAUUGUAUGGUGGGGGGAGAAGGGGUGGAGUCUAAGUCAAAAAAAAAAAUCUCUACUUCAUAAUUUGCAUAUACCUGGUGUAGUUGGCUGCUGUCUCUUAAGUGAUGAAAUGAGAACCAUGUUCUUACCAAAAGGGUAAGCAUAUUAAUGAGUCCUUGGUAGGAGGUUUUGCUGAAAAGCGGAAAUCUCUAUAGGGAAUCUAUACAUGAUAGCUGUUUAUGAAUAUAAGUUGCUGGUACAAAACGCUUCCUAAUGAUGUUUGCUCUUGGAUCAAAUUUAUUAGGCCUAAACAAGGAUAUUUGGAAGACCUGUGUGUUCUGGAGGAUGCUGGAUGUGAAGUUGUUCCCACUGAAAGAAAUUUAAAGUUUUGCUCUUACACAAUCAGCAUGAAGGUAUUCAACACGCUACUGUACUGUUUUUCUGUGGUGGAAAUCAGUUCUAACUGAAGGCCAUGCUAUAGAUCAUUUCUCUGUUUCCAAAGAAAACUCUUAAUGAUGGAGUUCCAUACAGCUAUCUUAAAAAAGCAGGAUUUUAUUCGGAUGCUGGAAUGGCAUCCAGUUUUUAUUUAAUUCACUAUUUCAAACAAAAACUUUGUCGGAUUCUUCAAGUGCUCACUCCUUAAAUCAAUGGUCUCUUUAUUUUUCUGUAGCUCUCAUAUAUCUGAAGAUUCUAACUAUUCAGUCACCUCUGAAACACUUCAUAUCCGUGCAAAUCUCCUACUAUUGGGCAUAAAUACACCUGUCAUCAAGGCAGAAUGUGAGAAGCUCAGCAUCCAGUGCUUCCUGCUUAAACACUUGAAUAGGAGCUGCUUGCUACUGCUAACCUGCCAGCUUUUUUCAGGUGCUGAAGUGGGAGCUAAGCAUUUCUGGCUCUUGCUGUGUGCAACUCAUAUGUAUUGAGGUCACCCAUGGUUGAAAAUAAUCCAUUUGUGCUUCCAGUGCAGGUACAGAACUGCCGGGGUUUUUAUUUAAAACCUGUCUCUUAAUUCUGGCAGAGCCUCUGUGACAGCAGUAUGCUUUCUAGUAGAAGAGAACUAUCCCCAGGUUGUUCUCUAGGUGGUGAAUGAAGUUUUUAAAGUAUAAAAUAGCAAUUUAGUAGUGAACACGGCAUAGGUCCAUAGUGUUAGUAGCUCACCAUUGAGACCUCGUGCUUCCUAUCAUAGUGACUUCCAUAUUUGAAGGCAACCUAAAGCAAAAUCUGUUUUUUUUUUUUUUUUUUCCUAACUUGCCUUACUAGCCUUGUAAUUAAAGAUAUUUAUGUUUUGUUUUUUUUUUAACUUUUAUUUUUCCUAGUUAAUCCUGCAGUGAUUUCAAUGCUGAACUUGCUUAUGCAAUUUUCUGCUCUGGUACUGUGGAAGUGUUAAAUACGUGAUGACUUGUGCUGUGGGCUCGAGCACAAAGCUGGGCUGUGGAAGUGUUUACAAUUAUGUGCAGUACUCCGAGUAUUGCAAAUGACUAACCCCAAACUGCCACGUACACAAAAAUGUGGAUGGCUUGCCUUUCAUCGCCAAGGGCUCACUUGCCAGGGGGAGAAGGUAUGCAGAAUGCUUUCAUGGAGCUUGAGAAGAACCAGAAAUGCUCACUUUGCAGUGCCUGAGCUUUUGUACUGCUGGCUCCUGUUAGUGAGUAUGAACGUUCUGCUGAAAGCUGGUGAAUGGCAAACUAAUAUACACACUUGGCAAAUAGCUGCUAUAUUUUCUUUUUUUUCCUAAAGUAGAUAAAAUAAAUCCGUACUACACAUCAAAAGGAUGUCAGAUAUGUAAUAUUUUCAAAUGAUGUAUUACACUACUUAAUCUCAUUUUUAAGAAGGCAAAUGCUUUGAAAGAACUGCUGAGGUUCAUCUGCUGAUGUGGAUAGUUGUGCUGUUAAACUCUUGAUUGCUGUUGAAAACUCAAAGUCGGGUCCCACCUGUAGAAUCAGUAAAGAGAAAGCAUUCACCAGAAGUGUUUCGGGAAGGGCUUUUAAGUAAUGGUUUGAUAAAUGCAUACGGUCUGGCAUCUGCGUGUCUUGAGAUACAGUUGAAAUUAAGACAGAUUUUUAAUGAAGUAGCUUCUUCACGUGUUGGAACUAAUUGCAUGGGCUGUGGUCAGCUGAGAUGCUUAGAGAACACUUGAGCUUUCUGGUUUUAAUUUGUAUUUAUUGCAGGGAAGGACUUUUGAUCAAAUGUAGGAACACUGUGUGCCCUUGAACUUAGACUCUCAGAGGGCCCGUGGCUGUUUCUCAUCAUGCAUGGCCACAAGAUGUGUUCACAAAAUACUGAGUGCAUGCUUUGGUAUCUAACUCAUAUUUUCAAGCAUCUUAAUUAGCAAGGAGAGAAGCUGCAGCUCUGAAGGUAGCAUUAGUCUUGCAACUGCACCUUGUAGCCACAGGAGGGGGGUCUAGUUCAGUUAUGCUUAGCAGGUAAUAAAAUAUUUUCAACAAACAAAAAAAAAAAACAACAACAAACAGGCUGGAAGCUGUAUGUAUACAAUCACCCCUCCUGCUUUUGUGCCACCGAGGAACCCUAGUUAGUGACCUCUGCUGACACACCUGCAGUAGUUCCCAUUGCGCCACAUGCUUCCUCAAGUUGCCUCCUCCUAUACCACUUCCCUUCUCUAUCCGACAGUACAACUGCGACCCGUGUGUGUGUUGUCGUAGGUGAUCUGUGUAACCUAGGAAAUGUUUUCUGCAUGGCCAAACUGGCUGAGGAGGUUAGUCCUGAGAAGUUGUUUAAAUGUACUAUUGGAAAAUAAAGAUAACAAACGAGUCA